CUCGACCGAUAACAUGGGGAGGAAGCGGACGCGUGACGGAGCAGCCAAGGCGUCGCCUGCAGCGACCCGGUCAAGGAAGGAGAAGCGGCAUGCGCGGAAGAAGGGCAUUGUGGAGGAGCCGGUUAUGUCGGACUCGAGCUCGGCGAGCCCUGCCCCAGAGGUGGCGUCGUCUGAUGGCGAGGAGGAUGGCGAUCAGGAUGGGGCGGCGUCGGCCUCGUCGGUGGGCUCUGUCGACUCGGAGCUGGCCAUUGAGGAGGGAGCGGGCCUGAGCCUUGCAGAGACGAUGGAGGUGGUGCGGGCACGUGCUGAGGCUGAGGCUGCCGAGGGCGUCGAGUCUGGCGACGACGACCUGGUUCACCCGUCCAAGAAGGUCAAGCGGAUCGCUGGCACGGCCCACCCGCGCAAGGCCAACACACUGUGGACGACGCCCAAGUACCGCAACAAGCAGCGGACGCUCGUCUUUGGCACCCGCGGCCUCACCACUCGCUUCCGCCACCUGCUCAACGACCUCCGCCUCCUGCUCCCGCACUCGAAGAAGGAGGUCAAGAUGGACGCCAAGGAUAAGCUCUACAUCAUCAACGAGAUUGCCGAGCUCAAGGCAUGCAACUCGUGCAUCUUUUUUGAGGCCCGCAAGGGCCAGGACCUGUACCUCUGGAUCUCGCGCAUCCCGCACGGCCCCUCGGUCAAGUUCCAUGUCCUCAACAUCCACACCCUCGACGAGCUCAAGCUGACCGGCAACGCCCUCCGCGGCUCGCGCCCGGUUCUCUCCUUUGACGCCGCCUUUGACGAGCUUCCGGCGCUCAAGCUGCUCAAGGAGAUCUUCAUCCAGGUCUUUGGCACGCCUAACCGCCACCCCAAGUCCAAGCCGUUUGUCGACCACGUCCUCAACUUUGCCUACAUCGACGGCAAGAUCUGGUUCCGCAACUAUCAGAUGUUCGACGAGCAGAAGACUGCCCGCGACGCCGACCUCAAGCUGGUCGAGAUCGGCCCGCGCAUGGUCCUCAACAUUGUCCGCAUCUUUGACGGCUCGUUCUGCGGCGCUACGCUGUACGAGAACCCCAACUACGUCUCGCCCAACCUCGCCCGCCAUAUCCGCCGCAAGCAGACCGCCCAGCGCCAGCACAACCGCUCGCGCAACGCCAAGGAGCUCCGCCGCAAGAACAACAUCAUCUACCAGCCCGAGUACAACGAGCUGGCUGACGUCUUUGCCUAA